AUGACGGCGGGGAUUCCGAAUCUGAAGCUGCGCCGUCUCCCAGAAAGGGGCCGUAGCCCUACUCCCAAGGUCCCGGCGCCUAGUGAUCGCCCCAGGAGCACCAGUCCAGGUUGGCAAGUCGUAGGCAAAGGGAAGCGAGGGCCCAAGGGAAGUCCGGGAAAGGGCAAAGGUGGCCCAUCGAAUGAUGCUCCGCCUCGCCGCGUCUCUUUUCAGGCACCAGUUGAGCAGUCCCCACCUCAGACUCAGGUGGAAGCCACUUUGCUGGCGCAGCUGAAAGCACUAGUGACACAGUGUGAAGCCACUGGCACGAAGGGCCUUCUUAGCAAGCUUAAGGCGCUGGCUCAGGUGCCUGAGCCAGCUCCCAGGUUUGUGCCAGGGCCUGCCUCAAGGCCUGGUCCCAAGCUGCCGUCUGCGCCCCAGUCUAGGGCUCUUUCAAGCACUCCUGCGUCCGGCAAGGGUGGCGGUAAGUCUAGGAAGGAUGCGCAGGGCCCUCAGGGUCAGCAAUCCUGGGCGAUUGACACCAAGUGGUGGCCGGGAGUUCUCAGCUCGGCAGCUACGCUAGAUCAGUCACUAGAGGAAGGCGAAGAGCCCGGCGACAACGUGGCUGCCACUGUUACCCUCGAGCAAGCCAAAGCGUUGAUGGGGCUAGCUAAGGUCCAUGAACUCAAGAGCAAAGUUGCUCUGAUCAUCAAGGACUGGCAUGGACCCAAAGCGCCGGAGGGGCUCACAGCCACCAAGACAUGGAUCCGCCUUGCUGAUAGCAAGUGGAAAGAGGUGUGGACUACAGCUCUCGCCCAAGAUCUUCCGACGUGGGGAAGCGUUCCUAAGGUUGUCGAAUGCAAAACGGUUCCUGAGCAGAUCAAGCAAGCUACCCUCAAGGUCAUCAUUCCCAAGGCCUUCCAACCUCCUUGUGACUGGGAUGAGUUGUGUCGCAAGCCCGCCUCAGCUGUCAGAACUUUGCUGCCGGAAGCUCUGUCUGUUCGGAGCUACGGUUGGCACUUGCUCGAGCAGAGAGACGAAGCAAUCUGCGGUUUCCUCAAGCUCCCUGCUGAUAAGUCUCCUUUGGUCCUCGCGAACUCAGGUGCCAAAGGUUUCUUUGUUAAGAGGAUUGACGGUCAGGCCGACCCAGGCCAGCGAGUCCCGAUCAAGUGGAUCCCUCACAACAAGCUUAAAGCCCAGGCCUACUUUGCUUUGGCGAAGCGCGAGGCCGACAAAGCCAAAACUUCUCUGGCUUACAGAUCAGGUGGAGGAUCGUGCUUGGGACUCAUCGGUAUCCCUGCGGGUGAGAACGGUUCCGAAGCCGCCCUCCUCAAACGCCGCUGGGCUGCAAAGAACGUUCCGUCUUCUUGGAGCCCACCACAGCUUCAGCAACUUCUCACGUCUCAGGGCUGGAGGGUCAUCUCGGAUAUCCAAGCGCCAGCUAGAGCGAGGGGCAUUUGGACUUUCAGCGCGGCCCCUGGGUCAGUUGAACCUAGCGGGCAAUGGUUUCUCAAAUGUGGUGAUGACAUAGGCACCAUUGAAAUCCAUGCUUGGCAGAAACGCUCAACUAAACCGGUUUCGCACCCCAUGAGAGCGGCACCUGCGUGGGUCACCCGUCCCCAAGACCCGCCGCAAGAUGGGGACAAGGCCUCCACUGCUCAUGCCACUACUGCUGCGGAGAAUGGUGAUGAGGUUCAACCCACGAUGUUUGACGCUUCCCUCCCUGACUCUGCAGGUGAGAUCGACAUGGAUGAAAAGCGCGGCAAUGCCAUGAGGCAAGGAGCUGUAUCUAGCAAGGUCCAGGAGAAGAUCGCUAAGGUGGCUCUCUCGCUCCGUACGAAGGCUACAGACUGGCUAAAGAACAACCAGGGUGCCUGGGUGCUCGAGUGGUACUCGGAUGCCGAAUGUAAUGAGCAGACCGAGGCGGGGGCCAUUCCUCAGGACGCUUCGGAAUAUCUUCAAGCCUGCAGGCGUCCGGCCAAAUGGCUUGACCCGUGGCUCACCAUGGCCUCAGCGCAUGUUCUGCAAGUUGAAGUGUUGGUGUUCAAGCACUUGCAUGGGAAAUGGAAGUUUCUGGAAAGGGUUGUUCCUCGGCACUCGGUGAGCAGCUCCCCUCUGAUGCUUUUCCUGAAGGAUAAACAUUUCUACACUUUGCCUUCUUCGGAGACCCCUCCCGAGAAAUGGGAUCUGAUCUGUCACGUUGGCUCCAACCCGCUCCUGAUGGGAGCAACUCCGUCCGGUGUCCCAGUGGAUUUGCCCGGCUCCUUCCAGAGGUCACAGGCGGGUCCUCCCUCUGACGAUGGAUACGUUGAAGGGCCCAAGAACGGUGUUGCCCCCCCGAAAGUGGACGGGCGGAGGGCUCUCCUCUCCAGCGAGACUCUCGUUCCGAGUCUGCUGCUUGGCUCCGCCCAGCUGACACGGCUCGUGACGGUUGGCAGCUCUGGUGGAGAUGUGAAGAACCGGGUGUCCGCGACUAGAGGCCCUCGGGUUCAGAGUAAGAUGGACUCCGCUACAAAGAGAAAGGUGCGUGAAGCGAAGAUUGCCAAGAAGAAGGCUUUUCAGGGUUGGAAGCACUCUGAGUCGUCGUCGUCCAGACCUCAAGUUGGAACGCACGGUUUGCAGUUGACUGAAGUCGAGGCUCCUGCUAAGGGCGCCAAGUUGCUUUGGUGGGUUUGCCCCAUCCCGAACUGCGGUUUUCAGGUUCACAGAAUCGUGGGACAGCAGGGCCACUCACAAACCAAGGACAUCCACCUUCGCAAAGCGCACGGCAUGGCCAAGGCCUUUCCCCUCACGAAGGCGGUGUCUUUGCAGAACACCCACAAUCGUUUGCUGAAGGCUCGGGAGGGUCAAAACCUCAAGUGGACGGCUUUCAUCAAGACUUUUAAUAAGAGAAGAUGGAAGGGCAGCCAUCACAUUGAGGUGGAGCCGUCGCUCUACAAACCCGCCAAGAUCAAGGACGGUAGCACCAUUCACGUCCCCUGGCACAAGUGCCAGGCCUGUGGCGUCCUGGUGAAUCGCAGCUGGCUCCAGCACGUUUGGAAUGCCUGCCAGGCGGUUGGGAAGCAAGCAGUCAAGGCGUUGUCCUGCGGCCUUUGCAAAGGGCUUAACGGGCAGCGCAUUGGGGAGGCCCAAAAUCCGGGUCCCGCUCACCCCAGAAUGAUUACCAUUUGGAAUCAGAACAUUGCCAGCUGGAAUCAAAAUGAGGAGGCGGUCUUGAAAACGGCCCUUGAUGACAACAUUCAGUUGAACCUCUCAGAUGCUGCGCUCUCAGGCGCCAGAAAUACGGCCCGCCGCUCAGGAUGGGAAAUGUACGUGGCUCGGCAGACGGGCAAGCGUAGAGGUGGCGUUGCCAUCUGUGUCCGUGAGCCCCUCGGCGUAUCCGAAGUCAAAAGCGAGUGUGCAGCUCAGUUCCAGUUUCUCAGGGCCACUGUUCAUGGAGCUGCCUCUCCAGUCACGGUGAUCUGCGGUUAUCGUGUGCCGGACGAAGACACAGGUUUUCUUGAGGCCCUUAACACUCUGGUUCAGGGCGCCUCCUGUCAUGACUGGAUCGUUUGCCUUGAUGGUAACCAGAAUCAAUUGGAGGGUCCCAUUCAUGAUCUUCUCUCUACGGAAAGAGCUAGCAUUGCGGCUGUGGCUCGCCACAAUCGUAGUGUCCAUCCCAUCGACGCAAUAUGGGUUUGUGAACGGCUGCAGGUCUCCUGCUCCUCUGAGCUCCCGGGCCUUGGAGACCACAGCAUCGCCAGUUGCACUCUUCAGGUUUCGUUUCAGAAAGGCCCUCGAGCCUGGAGAAUGGCCAAAACUAGAGCAUACAAACCUUUAGACCCGUCGAGUGGCGACCAGCAGGGUCCUGCGCCGCAGUGGCCUCUCAGCGCCUGCAGCUUGGAUGCCUCUCCCUCGGUUGAGUCCAAGUGGCGGCUCUGGUCUCAGGCGGCUGAGGAAUGGCUGGUUCUCUCGAAGUGCGUGCCUCAGGAGCGUAGCGAGAGGCCUCUUGGUAGCAUGCCUAAACUGCGUACGGCAGCUCACGCUGCCGGGCUUGCGCAGUCUCUUGAGGAGCGGCAGAUCCGCAGAAUCUUGCGGCGUUUCAGAGAAGCCCACGUUCAAUCCUGGAGAAGCAACGCCGUCGACCCGGGUUUAGUCAAGAAGCUGCUCAGGACUCCUCUGCAGGCAGAGGAGAGGCAGGCAGUCGCUCAGGGCCGCUGGGGCCUCGCAGUUUCCCUGGCCCAGAAAAGGCUGCGCGCCCAGCUUGCUAAGGGGCAGGCUAAGGCUUUAACCGAGUGGAAGCAUCGCGUCCACUCUCUGUCGGGAGCUGCCUCUUGGAUUAAAAGCGAAGGCCCCACUUCCCAAUGCAUCCAGAAUGCGGAGGGUCAGGUUUUCAGUAAUCGCCCUGCGGCCGCCGGUGCGCUCAAAGAUCAUUGGGGCACGAUCUUCGGGGUUCAUCAACCUGCGGACACGUACUGCGAAGCUUUUCAGCAGAAGUAUGGUGACUUUCUUCGUCCUCGCUCUCCGGGCCUUUCUCUCCCUCCGAUAGGGGCCCAAGAACUCAAAGCUUCCCUUAAGAAGAUGAAAGGCAAAGCGGCCGGACUCGACGGCUUCACCCCGGAUUGCUUGCUUUCUCUCCCGGAGGCUGGGCUUUCCCAGCUCGCGGACGUCCUGAACCACUGUGAAUCGGAAGGCCAGUGGCCGGAAAGCCUCACUCAAUGGAGGUUAGUCUUUCUUCCCAAGGGAAAGGGCAUCUGCCCGUCUUUGGAUGAGACCAGGCCCAUCGCAAUCAGCAGUGCGAUCUACAGAGCCUGGGGUCGCUUGAGACUUCUUCAGUUGUCUAACCACUUAGCCCGGGCCCUGCAGCCCUGGCAGGCAGGUGGAUCCAAGGGGGUCGACCCCGAAGUCUUGCUUCUCGCGACUGAGGUCGACUUCCCGGGGGAGACUUACAGUCAUGGUGUGGCUCUCGACGAUCGUAAAGCUUUCGAUUCGCUCGAUUAUCCGCUUGCGAUAAUUGGCCUCAGGGCCAUGGGAGUGCCAAGCACUGUCCUGGAUCUCCUGGAGAAUCAGUGGAAGAGACAAGUGCGAUGGGUCACCUUCGCUGGCGUCGUGUGUCCGGAGCCCUUAGAGCUCUGUGCAGGGCUCCCCCAGGGAGAUCCCUGGAGCCCUUUGGGCUUGGCAGCUGUGCUCGCGGCGCCGAAGCAAGAUGCUGCAAGACAAGCACCGGGCACGGAAUGCCUGUUGUACCUCGACGACAGGACCCUGCUUUCCACGUCUAGGGACUCUCUUCGCAUCGCCCUCGACACGUGGGGAGAAUUGGAACAAGUCUCGCGCAUGCGUACUAACGAAUCCAAAACCCAGUUUUUCUGUCGGAGCCCUAACUCAGCCGAUACGGCUGACGUGCUCGGAGCCUCGCUGGGCUCCUCAGACCGGCCGCUGACUCAGAAAGAGCAGAAGCGUAAGGACAAGGCUGCCUCUGUAGCAAGUCGUAUCGCUCUGCUCCCAGUUUCUCUGAAGAUGCGCGCGAACCUUUGUGCUACCGUUUUCAGUCCGAUCGCGGCUUGGGCGUGCCUCUUGAAUGGUCGAGAGCCGAAAGCAGCAGAGCUCAGUUGGUAUACUGAGACUUUCAGAAGAGCGGUCAAAGGGGGUGAUGCUAAGGGCGACCGAAGCAGCAGAGACCUGCAGCGGCUCCUGUUGCUAGGCCACACGGCAGACCUCUCAGUGGUCGCGGCCUGCAGGGUGCUUAAAGCAGCAGCUAGAUGGGCCUCGUACAAGCUCAGACUCGGUCACAGACCACAGCGUGCGGCCCUCAUGUCUGCACGACCCGUCAAGGCCUUAGAUGCCAGCUUGCCUGCACCUUGGAAGAGAAGCGGCUCUUGGGGACGCUGGACCAAUGGGCAAGUCUCAUGGAACAUUCUCGCAGAGAGUACUGAGCAGCAGCGUGCUGCUCACGAGGUUCGCGAGUCUUGGCGGCUCGUUAGGCUGCAGCGCUGGCUGGCCGCGAACCGCAAUGAUGCUCGUGAUGCUCGCAGUGAGGGCUUACAAGCUUCCAACGCGCUGGUCAAGCGCUUGCGCACCAUCGCAGGCCAGGUUGACGGGCACGGCGUCUCCAUCAUGUGCGGGGGCUUUGCCCCUGACGCGCGGUGGACACCGGCUGGUCCGGUGCGCGACAUGUGCUACAGUUGCAUGCAGUCGAUCACGCCGCACACUAGGCAUGUUUUAUGGAAUUGCGUGGCGCACGCGCACCUCCGCACAGUAAGUGUUCCGGCCUCUCUUCUUGCACAGCGCUUAGGAUGGGGGUCUCUUGACGUUCCAGUCCAAGAAUGUGUCAGGACUCUCCAGGUCAUGGCACGCAUUCGUGCCGCAGACGUGGCAGGGAGGCGCAAGCGUCCUCCCUGGAGGGAAGGCUGA